GGAAACGGAUGAGUCAUUGUCCACUCAGACUUCUUGUUUACUAUUCCAUACUGUCAUACUGUCAUUCGAGUCCGCGCAGUGCACAUGGUAUGACGAAACGUCAUCUGUCAAGCAACAAAAAGCGUUAUCAUUUUAUUAUUAGUGUUUAGAACGUUUUGAAUUUGUGCUAGAUAAAUUAUUUGACGCGCAUUAUUAAAUUGUUGUGAUGAAAUUCAAUUACUGAAUAAUCCCCUUAUUUGUGAUUUACUAUCCACGCAAAGUUUGUGCACGAUGGACGAAGAAAGUCCAACUAAUCCUAUAUUAGAACGCUGUGAUGAUGAUGAAGAAAAUGUUUCUUGUGCAGAUGUUGGGUGUUGUAAUCCACAAAAUCGAUGCCAUCGCUUUAUUGCAUUAAUUUUUAUGUGUCUUAUGGGUUUUGGUUCUUAUUUCUGCUAUGACAAUCCAGGAGCAUUACAAGACAACUUUAAUUCAGACUUAGGAUUAUCUACAACACAAUUUGUAUUUCUGUAUGCUAUAUAUUCUUGGCCAAAUGUUGUGCUUUGUUUUAUCGGAGGGUUUCUCAUUGAUCGAGUAUUUGGCGUGAGACUGGGAACAAAUAUAUACAUGACUAUUCUGCUUAUCGGGCAACUAAUUUUUGCGACUGGUGGCAUGUUAAAUGCCUUCUGGUUAAUGGUCGUCGGUCGUUUUAUUUUUGGGGUGGGUGCCGAGUCUUUGGCGGUGGCUCAAAAUAAUUAUGCCGUUUUAUGGUUCAAAGGAAAAGAAUUAAACAUGGUAUUUGGACUACAAUUAUCAUUCGCACGUGUAGGAAGUACAGUCAACUUUGUUGUAAUGGAACCAUUGUACAAAUGGGUAUCUCAGUAUUAUUCAGGACCAAAUUGUAUCGGAAUAGUUUUAUUUUUAGCUUCAUUGACUUGUGUGAUGUCUUUAAUGUGCACACUGAUCUUGGGUUGGAUGGAUAAAAGAGCAUCAAAAAUACUGAAACGAAGUAUUAACAAUACCGAGGAGAUUGUUAGAUUGACUGAUAUUAAGACAUUUAAGCCUACCUUUUGGCUCGUCAGUGUUAUAUGCGUGGCUUACUACGUUGCCAUUUUUCCAUUUAUAGCUCUCGGAAAGGUGUUCUUUGAAAGAAAAUUUGGAUUUAGUCCCGAAGAUGCCAACACAGUCAAUUCAAUAGUUUAUGUAAUAUCAGCUGUAGCAAGUCCUUUAUUCGGAUUGGCUGUUGAUAAGACUGGCAGAAAUAUAUUUUGGGUCACGAUAUCUAUUAUAGUAACCAUUAUUGCUCAUGGUUUACUGGCGUUUACAUUUUUAAACCCCUAUAUAGGAAUGGUGAUAAUGGGUUUAUCAUAUUCUAUGCUAGCCAGUAGUUUGUGGCCUUUAGUAGCACUUAUAAUUCCUGAAUACCAAUUGGGUACGGCUUACGGAAUUUGCCAGUCUGUACAAAACUUAGGAUUGGCCCUAAUAUCUAUGAUGGCUGGCAUGAUUGUUGAUAAUGGAGGCUAUUUUAUGUUGGAAAUAUUUUUCAUUGCUUGGCUGUGCAUUGCUCUCAUAUCAACAAUCGUUAUCUGGAUGGUAGAUUCUUCAAGUAAUGGUAUAUUAAAUUUGACACCAAAGAAGCGAGAAGAAUACCAAAAAAUUAUUAUUUCUGAAAUGGAGCGUGAAAAGCUCUUGACUGAUGAUCCAAUCUAUGAAGUUACUCCUGAAGAAAUUCUGCAGAGUGAAAACAGUAUUAGGAAUAGAGGUAAUAACGAUGUAGAAAGAUUUGAGGAUUAGGAUCAAUACUUAGGAAAAUUUAUAUACGAGCUGUUGCAAAUUUUAUGAUUAGGCCUAAUUUAGCUUUAUUUUUUUACUUUAUAUUAAGUUUAGAUGCUAUU